AUGUGUAAAAAUCAACAUCCAAAGGCAAAAUCACCUUAAGAGAAUGUUGUAUAGUUGGUUGCAUAUGUACGUCAAUGCAAAUUUUGAAAUUGCAGUUUUUUGCGCUUUGAUCACUAUUUGAGUAAAAAGUAAACCCACAUUCGUUAAAAUACUGCAGUUGAAGUCAUAUUUACAACAUUUAUUAAAAAUUAUAAGAUUAAGAAGAAAUGAACUCUCAGAUCGAAUCCAUUAAAACAGAAACCAUUUUCGGUGGCCUAUUCGAAUGUACAAAUACCAUUGAAAGUUUCAUUUGUAGAGAAUGUCCAAAUUUCCAAACGUAUAACCUAGUGUACCUACGACAACAUGGAACACACUGUGAAGAACCUAAACAACAAGUCAAGAAGUGUAGAAAAUGCCAUUUUCAAACCUACUCUCAUCUCAUUUUGUUUCGUCACCGGACUUUCGAUAAGUGCACUUCAGAAAAACACCCGGAAAAGCGAUUUUUCCAGUGUAUCUACUGUUCUUCUAAAUUUGUACUCAGCGAGGAUCUAAUCGCACACAUUAAAUGCGUUCAUGGUGACUUACCGUACCUUCAGUGCGAACAGUGUGGGUUUAUGACAUCGUCAAAACAAAUAUUAAAAGACCACGUCGUAAUAAAACACCUGUCGGAUGAUCAAAUAGAAUGGGCCUAUUGCAAACACUGUUCGUCUAAAUUCAAGCUUAAAAAAUAUCUAGCGAGACACAUCAAGUACCAACACCUCACCCCAGAAGAGACGCAAUGGUUCCAAUGUGAACACUGCCCGGCCAGAUUCAAUUACAAACAAUCUUUGAAAGAACACGUUAUCGCCAAACAUCUGCCAGAAGACGAAAUCCGGUGGUUCCAAUGCGUGCACUGUCCGUCUAGAUUCAAAGACAAAAGGUCUCUGAACAGUCACACGACAGCGCGGCAUUUGCCCGAAGACAAAGUUCAGUGGUUGCAAUGCGACCACUGCACCGCCAAAUUCAAGAAGAAAAGAUCUUUGCGGAAACACAUCUUCAUGAACCAUUUACCUGAAGACCAGAUUUCGUGGUUGCAAUGCGACCACUGCUCGGCCAAAUUCAGGCAAAAAUCCUGCUUGACCGGCCACAUAAUCGCCAAGCAUUUACCCGAAGACGAAAUCCAGUGGUACCAGUGCGAGCACUGCUCCCAGAGAUUCAAGUUCAAAAAUAACCUAAACACCCACGUUAAACUGAAGCACUUGCCGGAGAACGAGGUCCAGUGGUUUUACUGCGAGUUUUGUCCUUCGAAGUUUAAAAUUAAGCAAGGGUUGCGGCGACACAUGAAAUCUUGUGGGGCUAAAGCUGGUUUCAAGGGGGUGAAGUGCGAGUUUUGCACGUCUAGGUUUAAAAACAAGAGGUGUUUGGAUUAUCACGUUAUGGUGAAGCAUACGCCGGAAGAUCAGAUAAACUGGCAUCAAUGUGAGCAGUGCGUUGCCAAGUUUAAGCAGAAGUCGCACUUGAAGAGUCACGUUUUUGCCAAGCAUCUGCCAGAGGAGGAAGUUCGGUGGUUUAAGUGUGAGCAUUGUCCGAAGAAGUUCAAAUGGAAGAGUAUUUUGACGGGGCAUCUCAAGGUACACGAGAAACAGGCUUCAGAGAAUUGUUUUCAGAAAGAAGACGUGCAGUGAUAACGAAAUUUGGUUUCAACUUGUGAUAAAAAGUUUUUGCUGCAACACCAGGGUUUGUUUGAUUGUGUAAUUUAUGGAAAAAGUUAAAUAAAAGUAGGAAAAAUGUUA